AACUUACUAAAGAAAUACACUUUAAAUAUGAUAUUAUACACACACUAAUUUAAAGUUGUCUAGAGCUGUCUGUGUAUUAUACUAUCAUUAAAAACUUGAACUAAAUCAAAUUAGUUGAACAUUCAAUUAUAAACGAAGGAGCUGCAAGAAUAAGCUGUAAUACAAAAUAAAAGAAACAAAAUAAAUAACAUUAAAAAUGUCUGCGACAAAUUUAUAAACCAUCCGAUAUUCUAUUCUCAAUUAUAUUAUAUUCGUUCUGUAAACAUAUACGCAUGGUUCCAACGAAGUACUAAUUUAUCCUGAAAGCGCUAAUACGUAUGACACCAUCGCUUUAUUAAUAACUGUUAUAUUCUCUCACCUGAUACCAUUCCACAAAACAAAUUCACUAAUUUUCUCCUUAAAACCUUCCAAUAUUAUUUUAUCUUAUCGAACCCGGCCAAAUAUUAAGGAUUAGGCCGCCGACUAACUCCUAUACUAUCUUAUCGAUUGGCGCAUUUUCCAACUUUGGCAGAAUUGAAUUAUGUUUAUUUAGUGAACGAUUAUUUAACAAUUUCGUUAUUGUCAAUAUUAAAAAAAAACUCAGUCGUUCAGUAUGGGUUAAUGAUACAGUUUGAAACAAAAUUUCAACACCAUGAAGGAAUAUACAAACUUGCAAAACGGUGUGAAACAUCGGGAGUUGAGCAGAGAAUCCGUGACUAGUGCUUUUCAUUUGACAGUGCCAACUAAAGAGACUUUGUUAUCUUCGAAGAUCAGUCUGUAUGUUGAAGAAACCAAACCAAAAAUUCCUGACGGUGGUUGGGGUUGGAUUGUCGUAGCUGGCUGUUUCUUCAUCAACUUAGUCGCUGACGGUGUCGGGUCAACCUUCGGAUUACUCAACGUGGAAUUCCUCAACGAAUUCAAAGCCUCCAACUCAGCAACAUCGCUCAUCGGAAGCUUGUUUCUUUCCGUACCUCUUUUACUCGGACCUUUAGGAAGUGCUCUGGUUGACAGGUACGGAUGUAAAUACAUGACAGUUAUCGGCAGUCUCGUGUGCAGUGCGGGUUUUAUAAUCAGUUCCUACGUCAGAAACAUAUGGCUGAUGUACAUCGCCUUCGGCCUGAUUAGCGGGGUGGGAUUUUGUUUCUGCUUUGUGACGGCUGUGGUCUCGAUCGCUUUCUGGUUCGAAAAGAAGAGGACGCUGGCUCUGGGUAUCGCGGCCAGCGGUACCGGGCUGGGUACCGUGAUAUACUCGCCGUUAUUGACGUAUUUGAUUAAGGAAUACGGGUGGAGAGGAGGGGUGUUGAUAAUGGCCGCGUUGUGCGCGCAUAUGUGCGUUAGCGGGUUUUUGAUGAGUGACCCGGCUUGGAUUAUUGAGGAAGAAAGGCGCGAACGAGUUUUAAAAGCAGCAAAACGCAAGAAGGAAAUGGCGAAGAAGAAUUUUGAAAUUGAAGAUAUUGAAACGCACAUACCACCAAAGAAAGGUAUUAAACACAGUACCUCAUUAAUACAACUACCUACAUUUUUACAGGAACACGAAAAGGUUUCGCUGGAAGUGCUAAAAAAAUUGAGCGAAAAUAAGAAGUUGUAUAAUAUUAUCCUCGAAAACUAUCCUAAUUUACUGUCCUACAAGAGUGCAUCUGAGACGAUAUUUCCAUCAGAACAAUCACUCCAAGAUCUCGAUGCAGUAAGAAUCAGGGUACCUGUUGAAUUUAGCAUGAAAUUAAAAAAUGUUGACACACAAGUAUCACCAAUUGGUACAGAAGAACCAUCCAGAAUACCAUUCUUCAGAAGCGACUCGAAAAAAAGGAGACCAUCUCAGUCACAACAGCAGCAAAACCGUCAUAAUUAUUUAAAAAAUAUGAAAGUGCAGAAGUCAAACUUGGGAUACAGAGGAGCCAUGUUGAAUAUUCAUAAAUACAAAUUGGCUUCGUCCAGUUGUCCUGACUUUUUGAGAAAUUCGACAUUGACAUUAGAUGAAGACGAGGAUGAAGAUUGGUAUGACGACUAUAUUGAUGUAUUCAAGGAUCUUACUCAUAUCUCUCUACUAAACUAUCUCCAUUUCUUCCUUCUUAGUUUAUCUACAAUAAUAAUGAGCAUAUGGUUUGUAGUGCCGUAUUUUUAUCUUCCUGUUCAUAUGAGCCUCACAGGCUAUAGCGAAGAUGAUGCCUCAUUUGCUCUAUCUUUAUUGGGGUUUACUAAUAUCAUCGGCAUGGUAGCUCUUGCUAUUAUUGGGGAUAGACUAAAUGCAGCCAAAAUGUACGCAGUGUGUUUAAUCUGUUGUGGAUUAACUUGCGCUGGUAUGAUGAUCUUUAGUGAGAAUUAUACUCUUCUACUUCUAGUCUGUGGAUUGUUUGGACUAUUUACUUCCAGUUGCUAUUCAUUGCAUCCCUGUAUAUUAGCUGACCUGGUACCACUAGAAAAUUUCACUAUGGCUUAUGGUUUAUCUUUGCUAUGCCAAGGAAUUGGAAAUCUAGCUGGCCCACCUACAGCAGGUCUUCUAUACGAUAUUACCCAGUCAUACGCACAAUCUUUCUACCAGGCAGGGUUUUGGGUCAUCAUUUCUGGAGUUUUAGUUGGUAUAAUACCUUAUACCGAAAAUAGGAAGAUCUUUAGCAAUUUGUAAAUUGUAAAACAUUAUUUAUUAUUAAAUUUGAAAUAUUAUA